GCUAUUCUUAAAGCUUUAAACAUUUGGUAAAGCCAAAAGCAAGGGCAAACGUUAAACGCUAAAUGCUCAACCACAAUGGUCAAGGGGGCGGGGCAUGAGUAAGGUCGGGAAAAACACAAAACGCUAUUAAGUGGCAACCAAAAUACAUUCACUGCACCGCAGGCAGUCCUGUCAUAUCCUGAAAGGAACAAGUCUCACAUUGCGUAGCCGACUUGUUGACCGAGGACCGCGUUCGCGAUUUUCUUUCAAUUGCCAGUUGAGCGUUAAACUGUGCAGGCGUCACGCGGCUAAUCUCAGUCAUCUCUAACCGAAUCAACAGUAGCGCAAAAUGAGAAGCACUCUGGAAAUUUGCCUUUGCCUGGCUGUGCUUUUCGUCUGUGUGUUUUCUACUAAUGCCUCCUUAGAGACCGAAAACAACGAAGUGAAUCACAAACUGAGUGGAGUAAUUCAAUGGAAAUACGAGAAACGGCCAUUCUGCAAUGCAUUUACAGGCUGUGGACGCAAGCGUACCUCGUAUCCUUCGUAUCCACCAUAUUCAUUGAUAAAGCGCAAUGAGAUCGAAGAGAAACCGUAUAACAAUGAAUACCUCUCGGAAGGAUUAAGCGAUUUAAUUGACAUCAAUGCAGAGCCCGCUGUGGAGAAUGUUCAAAAGCAAAUAAUGUCGCAGGCGAAGAUCUUCGAGGCCAUAAAGGAGGCUAGUAAGGAAAUCUUUAGGCAGAAAAAUAAACAGAAAAUGCUUGAGAAUGAGCAGCAACAACAACAACUGGAGCAGCGCGAGAACAAUUAAUCCCUGGCACAACCCGAAAGUCCCAACAAACCCUGAUGAAACAAGCAGACACUUUAUGCAACUGUUACUGUAAAUACGUACCUUUAAUCUGUAAUAAUUAUAAAUAAACAAGCGA